CCUGAUCCCGGGCGCAGUACCCCGGGAGCGCGCGCCGUCCGGGCCGAUCCCAGCCGCAGUCGCUCCAGCUCACGCCGGGCUCGCCCUGGUGUACAGUGGAGGAAAAGGGCCACUGCUGACAGGGGCGAGGGUCUCGGGUUCCUCUCCUGUCCCAGAGCUGCCGGGCUGCCCGCUGUCCCUGCGCCCCAGCGUACUCCGACCCGCCACCUGCAUCCCAAUCACAUCAUGGAUCAUUCAGAGAAGAAGAUAUCGGUGUGGAUCUGCCAGGAGGAGAAGCUGGUCUCAGGGCUCUCUCGUCGCACCACUUGCUCUGAUGUGGUCCGUGUGCUACUGGAAGACGGCUGCAGGCGACGACGGAAACAGCGGUGUGGCCGGCGGCGGGGGGCGGUCCAUGACCCGCCAGGCCCGGGGGAGCUCCCAGAAGCCCUGGACGAUGACGAUGAAGAGGAGGAUGAUGAGGCACUGCCGCCGGGCUUGUUGUGCGGGCCCCCGCAGUGCUAUUGUAUCGUGGAGAAGUGGCGGGGCUUUGAGCGCAUUCUGCCCAACAAGACGCGCAUCUUGCGCCUCUGGGCAGCCUGGGGUGAUGAGCAGGAGAAUGUGCGCUUCGUGCUGGUGCGCAGCGAGGCAUCGCUUCCCAAUACGGGUCCUCGUAGUGCUGAAGCGCGCGUGGUGCUUAGCCGCGAGCGCCCCUGCUCGGCCCGGGGGGUCCCACCAAGACCCAGCCUGGCCAUGACACAGGAGAAGCAGCGGCGGGUGGUGCGCAAGGCCUUCCGCAAGCUGGCCAAGCUCAAUCGCCGGCGCCAGCAGCUGCAGUCGUCGUCCUGUUCCUCCACUUCGUCGUCCACCGCUUCUUCCUGCUCCUCGUCGCCACACGCCAGUGAGAGCGCGUCCGUGGAACACAUGGAGACGCUGGUGCAUUUGGUGCUUUCCCAGGACCAUACUAUCCGUCAGCAGGUGCAGCGGCUCCGGGAGCUGGACCGCGAGAUUGAUCGCUACGAGGCCAAGGUGCACCUGGACCGCAUGCGGCGGCACGGAGUCAACUACGUUCAGGACACCUACUUGGUGGGCUCAGGCAUCGAGCUCGAAGGGCUCAGCCCGGGAGAGGAGACGGAGGCUGCGGCUACAGCGGCUACUACGGCGGCAGCGGCAGCGCCCCUGGACGGCAAGGCGCAGGCAGAGGCCCUGGAAGAGCUGGCCCGGCGCUGUGACGACCUGCUCCGGCUGCAGGAGCAGCGAGCCCAGCAGGAGGAGUUGCUCGAGCGCCUCUCCGCCGAGAUUCAGGAGGAGCUGAACCAGAGGUGGAUGCGCCGGCGCCAGGAGGAGCUCGCAGCUCGAGAGGAGUCCCCGGAGUCUGAUGGCAGCCUCGACGGUGAGCUGCUGCUGGAGCAGGAGCGGGUCCGGACUCAGCUCAGCACCAGCCUCUACAUUGGGCUCCGGCUCAACACGGACCUGGAGGCCGUCAAGUCGGACUUGGAUUACAGUCAGCAACAGUGGAACAGCAAGGAGCACGAACUGCAGGGCCUUCUCCAGACUUUGCACACGUUGGAGUUGACAGUAGCCUCGGAUGGGGCUACCGGCUCUGGCGGACCCUCCCGGGAACCCAGGCCUCAGGCCUGUGCUGAGGUGUGGGUGGACCAGGCCCGCGGACUGGCCAAAAGCUGCCCUGGCAACGACGAGGACUCAGAUACCGGGCUGAGCUCUAUGCACAGCCAGGACUCAGACUCCGUGCCUGUGUGCGAAUCCCUUGUGUAGGGGGGCAGGGCCGGAGAGGGAGACAGAAGCUUUCCCCUUUCUUGCAGAAAGUCCUGGCCCGGCAGGCUCAGGGACGUGGAAACCGGGCUGGGAGUGGGCCCGGAGGGCUUGCGGGGCAGCAGGGCUACGACUGGGCCCAGAAGGGCUCCCUGGCAGCGGCGCUCCUCUGGCUGGGGGUGAGUGUGGAGGAGAGUGCAGGACAAGGAAGCUGUGUCUCUAAUCCAACCACUUUUAGGGAAAGGAGGGAGGGAGAUGUGAGAACCCUUGUAUUAGAAAACAAACGCUCCAGGAAAACUGACGUGGUCCGAGCCCAUUUUCAAAAACAGAAAAAGAGUUAUUACGGAAAUUUCAUCACUCUUCUGUAUGGGAAGGACUGAUGGCAGCUAGAAUUUUAGGCUGUAGCAUAACGUGCUUUUAAAAGAAACACUUGGAUGAAAAGGAAAUUCCUUGAAUGUUAAUUGUGAUGGUGAACGUGUUAAAACUAGCCAAAGAGGACUCACUGGUGUUGGUCUCAGCCUUGCUUACAUCUUCCAUAAAACCCAUAGGCACUAAAAUCCUGGCUGUUUACAUUUCUGCAGAUCUGAGAAUUAUCCAUCUGCUAAGCUGUUUGCCUGUUAUUUUCUUUCAAAGUCUAAACUAUUGAAGUUUAACCUCACAUUUCCUCCUAGUAAAUGCAGUAUAUGUUAAAAUGGGGUCCUUUUCCCAAAGUAAAGUUUUAUUAUUACAAAAGCCAAGCAUACCCCUUUUGAGAUAAAAAUCCCUGGCACACGUAGUCCUUGGUUAAAAUGUAAUCUGGGCCUUUGGGAUUUGCUCCUGCAAAGGUGUGUGUGUUGCCCUUUCAUUCAUGUUGCCACUUCAUCCCCUCAGUGACUUAUUUCGUAAAAAAUAAAAGGGAAGUUUUAGAAUUCGGGUGAAGUACAACUAAACUUGCUGUUUAACGAGCACUCUCAUUGAAACUAAGAUUUGAAACCAGAGAUUUUUGUUAGCGUUCAGCUUUUGAACUGAGCUAUGUGAUUAAAACCAACUAUGACCUCAACACAUUUUACCCAACCCAAGUCUAACUCCAGUAUCUUUGAUCGGGGAUUAAUUAGUUACUUGUCCAAACUGAAAAUGAGAUAGUGUAGAUACCAGGGUUUACUAGAUCAGGCCCCCCAAAAAGAAAAAAUACAAUCUCAUAGUACACCUUGGGUGAACAAUAUGAUUAACAGCAGCAUUUAGCCGUAGAUAAAAAGCAUAUAAAAGUGAACUAAUGAUCUGACUCGAGUUACUCUUGUCUGGCUCACACCUGUGCACAUGUCAGGAGGUGCAAGUGCAAAAUCUUUCUCUAGAUAGCUGGAGACAGCCCUGGUGGGGACCCGAUGUAAUUGUUGUAGUUUAUUUCAAUGCAAACUUAUCAGUUGUAGCUAGCUGUUGCCCCUGUGGAAGGAGCCUGCUGGCGGUGUUCCCUCCCGAGCGAGCAACCGUGCUUCCGAGGAAUGUGGGAUCUAAUCUGUCCAGGGGAGGUGUGAACAAUGGGGUGUGUGUGUGGUGCCAGCCUGGUGCAGAAGCCUGGUAUCAACCUAACCCAGGAGGGGCUGGCUCCAGUUUCAAUACUACAUGUGAAGAUAACUUCAGAGGUCUUGCUUUACAGAGGUUUCUUCCCUUGGAGAGAGAUUCUUUGUAUGCUUGUUACCAACUGGACCGCUCACCUGACCCCGUAAAGCAUUUUGGGGUGUAUCUUUUUGAGAGUCGGUACCUCCUCCCCCACACCCCCACCAAUGCUACGAUAACAUGUGUGGAUAUUCUCCAAUUUUCAAGUAAAAUGGGAAUUAAAAGGCCGGUUUCUUAAUUGAUGUUUUGAAAAGACGUUAGCUCACAUAAUUAUGGUUUUUUAGUUUCGUCUGAUGCAGAAAACAUCUAUGUAUUUGGUCUUGAGCAUGAUUAAAAUGAGGAAGGGACCGAAAGAGACCCACUGUCCCUAGACAAUCAUUUGCUCCCGUAAACACAAAGCUUAAUGAUAGCUUUACUUUUGAGGCAAAGGUAAAAUCCUCAUUAGAGUGUGACAAACGCUACUUGUCUGAAUGGUUUAUGCUGGCAAUGGGCUGACCUAGUGGUUUUAAAAUUAUUGUGCUUUUUUUCCCCCUUCGGGGUGGUAGGGGAGGUGGUUCUCGGACAUUUAUUAACUCAGAAAAGAACACAGAAGUUGGCAGAACAGGACUGCCUGGCAGAAAGGGUCUGAUUUUCUUUUCACUAUUAUUAUUUUAAACUUUUGAUGUCAGCAAAUAUGCCUAUAGCCUGUAAAGCAAAUAAAGCCACAUCACAGAGAGAAGGCCUGUGGGAUUUUUCUGGUGUCCCCCUUCCAGAACCUUCCUGUCCUGGCCACCUCAAGAUGCCUCUCCAGUCAACUCUCAGGCACUAAGCAGGCUUUGUUUUGUAAUGAAAAGAAGCCCAGUCUGCCCAUUUUCCCCCCUCCAAAUCACUUAUAUCCCCAAAAGGCACUCUCUUUGUGGGUAGGAGAAAACACAACAGGUGAGGGAAAAAGAAAGAAGACAAUAGUUCCUUUUACUGAGAGUUUUUACAAGCCUGAGAAAGGUGAAAUAUGGACAUAAAAAAGCAAAACAGUGCCUGUACCAGAAAGUGCCUAAUAAAUGCUAGGCAUUUAAAACAUUUCAUUCACUUUUUAAAUAAGCCUUGUGACAUUAAGAAGGAAAAUGAAUGCAUAGCAUUGACUGCACCUGCACCAGGAUUUCAGUGCCCCUGGAAAAAGUCACCCCUCUCCUGUUCUUCGGGCGGAACCGGAACCCUUGUGGGGAGAGUAUGAAACAGGCUCCUCCCCAACCAGCCCCAUCCCUCUUUUGGAAUGAAUACAAUUUAUUGUAUUCAUUAUCUUAAUUAUUCCACUCUUGGCCAUCUGACCAAACUGAAAGAUCCCAUCUGGCAUUUCUCUUUAUUUCCUUAUAAAGCAAGAUGAAGAAGAAAAUGAUGAUGAUUUGUUUGUUGGAAAAGUUAUAUACUAUAGUCCUUGUGAUGGGUCUGAAAGUAACAUUAGUAAAAAGAGAGGAGAAUCACUCAAAAUCUUGGCACUAAAAGCUUAUCACUAUCAAAGUUUGAUAUGUUUCCUUCCAGAUCUUUUGAAUUGUGGAUUUUAAUAUUUUGCUUAUUUUUGAAAGCUAUCUAAUUUUAAUGAAAUUAUAUAUAUGUUUUUAUGCUUAGGUUUUGACAGACUCCUUGUAGCGUAUCCCAUCUGUUGGAUGCACUAUACACAGUGCAUGUAAGUGUUCUGUUAUUAAGUUGUUCCUAGUGUUUUUUACUAUUAUAAAAUAACAUUGUGAUAAGCUUUUUGUACACACAUCUGUUUCCAUAAUUA